AUGGGUAGAAAGAAGAAGAAGGCGUCGAAACCUUGGUGCUGGUAUUGCAACAGAGAGUUUGACGAUGAGAAGAUAUUGAUACAGCAUCAGAAAGCAAAGCAUUUCAAAUGUCAUAUAUGUCACAAGAAGCUGUACACGGGUCCAGGGUUGUCAAUACACUGCAUGCAGGUUCACAAAGAAGCCAUAGACAAAGUUCCAAAUUCUUUACCAAAUAGGUCAAAUAUAGAAAUAGAAAUAUAUGGCAUGGAAGGUAUACCCCCUGAAGAUGUGAAGGAGCAUGAGAAACAAAAGACAGGUGGGGGGAAAGGUUCAGACAGUGAUGAUGAUGAGCCGGCGGCUAAGAGAAAAGCUACUCCCGCUUUGCUGGGUCCGGGGCCCUCACAAGUGAACCCCGGCAUCCUCCCCACUCCAAUGGGUCAGAUGCCUCCCGGGAUGUAUCCUGCACAUAUGCAAAUGAACCAUAUGAUGCCACACUUUAUGCAUUCACCUCGAAUGAUGAUGCCUGGUAUGCGGCCAUUGUUCCCAGCGGCAAGUGUCCAGACAUCGACACCAAACAAACCUACCUUUCCUGCAUAUAGCAAUGCAACAAUAAGUGCGCCUCCCACGACAUCAAACUCCGAUCCCAAAGAGAACGGUGACGUGCGACCUCCAGCGGCCAACACUUGUCCCUUAGUGACGUCCACGGGCGCGGGCUCCAAGAUCAUCCACCCGCCCGAGGACGUGUCUCUAGAGGAGAUACGCGCCAGGAACCCCAAGUACAGGCCCAAACCUAAACCUGACACACACAUACAGAGCGCUCCCGCAAUGAUCACACCUACUAGCCAGGCGGAGGUGGCUGCCCACAUGUCAGCGGCGGUGGCGGCGGCCCGGCAGCAGGCCAUGCGGCGGCCGCUCAUGCAGCCCGUCGUGCUCCAGCAGCCGGUGCGCGUGGGCGUGCCCGUGAGCGUGCCGCCCGUCAUGGGCAUGCUGCCCGUCAUGCCGCAGUUCAACCUCAUGCGGCCCCUGCAGCCGGAUAAUUCUACAAUUUAA